AUGUGUGAUGGAAAGGAUCCAGAGGAAACUUCCGACUACACCAAAAUUGGUUUAAAAGCAUAUAUGGCAGCAAUUUACGGUGACCAUGAAAAUCUUGACAAACUAUUGGAUGAGUUAGAUGUUUCGCUAUAUGCUGAUGAAUUAACAGGAAUGAUGCCUAUUCAUGCAGCAGCAGCCUGGGGAAUCCAAAAUGUUCUUGUUCGACAUGGUUGUGAUAUUAAUCAAGUUGAUUCGUUGAACUGUUCUCCUGUCCAUCAUGCAGCUAGAAAUGGACACAGUGCUACAGUUGACUGGCUUAUAAGGAAUGGAGCAAAUCUUUUGGAAUUUAAUUUAUUUGGUCAAAGACCAUCUGAUUUAGCUUUGGCUAAUCACUUUCCUGAACUUGCAGAUAUCAUUCGUCGAGAAGCUAAAAAACAAUUCAGAGGUUUGGAAUCUAAAACAGUAAAGACGACAGCUUCUAUAGAGUCGAAGGGAGAGCAUGGUGGUAAAUAA